AUGCUGUUCUUCAGUUUCUUCAAGACGCUCGUAAACACCGAGGUCACGGUGGAGCUCAAGAAUGACAUUUCGAUCCGUGGAACCCUGAAGAGCGUCGACCAAUACCUCAACAUCAAGCUCGACGACAUUACCGUUCUGGACGACCUCAAGUACCCUCACAUGAGCUCGGUUAAGAAUGUCUUCAUCAGAGGAAGCGUUGUGAGAUACGUCCACCUCCCCGCCGCAUCCGUCGACACUCCCUUGCUGGAGGAUGCCACCAGGAGAGCCGCUCAGGCAUCCGCAAAGGCCAGACAAGGAUAG